AAGUCACUCAGUCUGACAUGACUGUAGGAAGAAACACGUUUAGCGUUGCCUUUUAUGCCCUACACACAAAACCAUCACCAUUUAGGACGGAGCUGAUGACUUGUCAUCACAGUGUCACUUAGAGAGCCGCAGACAGACAGAGUUCUGGUAACAAAAUGGGCGGAAAAAAGAAGAAAUCGGCGGCGCCAGCGGCUGCACCGGGAGCCCCGGCAGGAGCAGCAGGCAGGACCGGAGCCGCUGCACCGGGAAACGGUGUGGCGGAGGACACGAAGAAGCAGCCAGCCAGUAACAAAGCAGGCAAACCAGCCAAAGAAAACAAGUCAAAAGGUUGUAUGAUAUGGUUGUUACUGCUUGAUAAUGUUUUGAAGUUUUAAAAUAAUCCCAGUUACAGUGUGAGGCUGAUCUGUACCGUCGAGAGACUGUAGUGUGUCUGUGUCUAACUGAAUGGGUGUAUUCAGCUCAUGAGUUACUGCAGAGUGUCUAUAGGCAGCCAGAUAGGUACACAAACUUAAAGUCUUAUAACUCAUAAUGGAAACCUUAUAACUCAAAAUGGACAAACCCCGAAGUUUAGAAAAUGAAAACACAUUGAUAUUUCAUGGUGUUUAGUAAGCCCCACUUUUCCUUCCCCAGCUCCAAAGACCUACAGUCUUGCCAACACUGCCCAGGUUGACACAAGUGGAGUGUCAGACAAAUCAAUACUCAAAGUAAGUACUUCUUCAGCAUAGAGUCUUCUGUCUCUUCUUCUCGAUAAAGGUUGAAGCGAUAACUAGUUGUUGAAAAAUUUCUGACUAGAGUCCUUUAUCUAAGUGUGAUUUGAUUUUUAAUGCAGGUCUCUAUCCAAGCCGACCUGGAGAAGAAGAUCAUCAAAUUGAUCAAUGACUUUAGAGAAGAGAAUGGAGACAAAGGGCCCAUAUCAGGCAGACUAACAAACAAGAAGCUGCUGGUAAAGACCAAAUCACCCCUCUGCUUCUCCUCGUAAAGGCCCAUUUAGAUCCGUUUUCAUGACUGCUGUCUUGUAUGUGCCUACAGGAUUUAUACACAGCUUUGCAGAAGUUCAACUUUAAGAGAGAGCACAUUGAGGAGGCGAUGAAGAGUAGUGUCCUGUAUGGAGGGGACCUUCACUCUGCUCUGGACUGGCUCUGCCUCAACCUUAAAGACGGUAACUUUUGGCAUUUGCAGACACUUUUAUUCCCCCCCAUAGGUAAGGACACACGACUUUCAAAACUGUGAUUUUAUCUUAUAAACAGAGGAGCUUCCAGAGGGUUUCAGCCAGCAGAUGCAGGAGGAGAGUCAGAAGAGCAGGCCCAGGUUUCAGCCUCAAACUCAGCAGAGACCUGCAGCACAAAGCCCAAAGGCUGCCACUAACACCCGCAAAGAGACACCCAAGGUUUGUACACGGAAGUGAAGUGAGACGGCUGGGUGAGUGUGCAUUUUUGCUCAAACCAAAUCCUAUAAGUCUGUUCAUCUCCAGGCUACAGAAAAAGAUGAAGCCGCAACCAUGAAGGACUGGAUCUUAAGGUAUGCAGAGCAGAGCAGUGAUGAAGAGGAAGAAGAGGAAGAGGUGGAUGGAAGGAAGACUGGACGCAAUCCUGAGCUGGAUGAAAAAUUCGAUCCAGUGAGUAAAAGUUGAACUACUGAGAAGAAAACAUUUAUUCUGAAUUUUUGAUCAGAGAAAAGCUUACGGAAAUAUAGCAGAUCUUCACACCCUCUUUUCUAUAAACUAAUUGUGUAAAAACAACAAUUUUCCUAACAAACAAAUUAAUUUUGUGUGUUUAUAGAAUGACAGGUACUUGAUCCUUACCGCUCAGCUGUAUGAUGCCAAAGACAUGGCAGCUGCUGCGAAGACAAAAGGAGACAAGCAGGGCCAGAGGAUGGCGCAGGACAGGAUACGCAUCAUACAGCAAGGUAAAGGUGCCCUGACAGCAACAGAUUAGACGACUCCUCUAACUGUUGACUUAAAUGUAUUUUCUGUUUGUAGAAAUGAAACCACUGGAGUCCCACCCUGUAUUCAAUCCAGCUCUAAAAGUGGUCGAUGCACCUCAAAAGGAGAAGAAAGCCCCUCCUGUGAGUGAGGACAAAGAGGACAUGGGCUUCAACCUGUUUGAACAAGCUGAGAAGGCUCCUCCUCCUCCAGCAGAGAAAGGUUUACCUCAUUAGUGUCAUUAAUAUAACUUUAACAUGGGUUUAUAGGUUUGAGUAAACAUUAAAUAGCUAAUUAUAGGCUGUUCUUAAGUAUCUAAUACUAGACUUGGACAUAGUAACAGAUACAGGUGCAAAGAAUCAUUCAUAGGAAAACCCAAACAGCAGUUUCUUUAAAGGAUCAUCUCACAGAUUCACAGAUGUUUUACUGAUUAUUUUAUCUCCUUUUUCCUUUGCAGUUGUGAAAAAGAAUGAGCCAAAGGACAUCCGUAACUUUGACUACACGGCUCGCAGCUGGACAGGAAAGUCUCCCAAACAGUUCCUCAUCGACUGGGUCAGAAAGAACCUUCCCAAGAGUCCAGCGCCUGCUUUUCACAAGGUGGCUGCUGGUCGAUACUGGAGAUGCAGGUGAGUGUGUUUGCAUGUUGAGAACACAGACUUAAGUCCGUUUGAGGGGACAAAUCUGUAAAGAGAAAAAUAUCGGGGAUUGUCCUUUGUUAUUUUUCUUUCUUUUCCCUUUUCUUUUUCAUCUUUAUAGUCUGAACUUCUUCUUUUCUUCUUUAUUUCCUUUCUUUUGUUCUGUUCUUGCUUUUAUUUGUUAAUCCUGUUGUUUUUUCAUCCCAAAUUUUUCAUUUCUAUCUCAUCUUUCGCCUCCUUUUUCCCCCUUUAAUCUAUGUAUUCACUGAAGAGUAAAAUGCUCACAGCAGUAGAUUAUAAUUCAGUAAUAGAUUAGAUUACGCUGUAAACACAUUAAUUCUAUAUUUGGACAAAACUGAGGACUAUUUGUCUUAAAUUUGUCAUCUCCACCUCCUCCAGAGUGCGGAUUCAGAAGCCAGAUGACGUCCUUGAAGUUUGUCCAACCAUCCUGACUGAGGACAGCAUGCAGGCUCAACAUCUAGCAGCCACUCUGGCUCUCUACACCCUGGUUAAAGGACAGGUAGCUCAUAUGCUGUGCUGAUUAUCUCUCAUUUACUUUCUCUGUCUCAAAUAACUAACACACUCAUGUUCUCUCCACCCCCCUCCUUUCAGUCGGUGCACCAGCUCCUCCCUCCAACCUACAGGGACGUGUGGCUGGAGUGGAGAGACAGCGAGCAGCAGCAGCAGGAAGAGAGCCGCACCGCAGCCAACAAACCCAGAGACCAGUUCAUCUCUCGUCUUCUGACCAGACUCAAACAGCAGCAGAACCAGAACCAGGGGCAGGGACCAGGAUCCAGAAACCAGCAAGGGCAGGACCAGGCUGGUGAUGAAGAGCCUGAGGAGUCCUGGGAGAACCUGGCUGGUCUUGAUAUUGGGGAGGGAGGAGAGGAGGUGGAGGAGAAGAGUGAGAAAAGGGGAGGGAGGAGGGAAGGAGCACUUGAGGCCUCUAGGGAGCUCUUGAAGAAGCUGAAGAAGUCAUCACUGGCCCAAAAACUGCAGGUAAACACAUCUUAACAGUUUACAGUCUGUCUGCAAUAGUUAAGAUACAUAAACUGAAUCAAAGUUACUGAGUAAGUCUUUAACCUUCAAGGCAGAACGACAGCAGCUUCCAGUCUUCCAGCAUCGCCAUCGGGUCCUGGAGGCUCUGCAGCGCCACCCUGUGGUCGUAGUUGCAGGUGAGACGGGCAGUGGGAAGAGCACCCAGAUCCCUCAGUUCCUCUUGGAGGAGCUGUUAACAGGAAGCAAAGAGGCGAGACCGUGCAACAUCGUGGUGACGCAGCCGCGCAGGAUCUCUGCCAUGAGCCUGGCCUGCAGAGUCAGCCAGGAGCUCGGCUGUGAGGACGGACCGGGGUCAAAGGUGACGAGUUCAACAAGAUUUCUAAAGUUCGACACAAGAUUCCGUGCUUAAAUGUGUUCGCUUUUGGGAUGCUGUAAUUCUCAUGUUUGGUGAUGAAAUCUGUUUGUAGUCGUCGCUGUGUGGAUACCAGAUCCGAAUGGAGAAUCAGUCUGGAGAGUGGACCCGCCUGCUCUACUGCACUACUGGAGUCCUGCUGAGGAAACUGCAGCAUGACCGACACCUCAACACCUUCACGCACAUCAUUGUGGAUGAGGUACAGAAGAAAACAGCUUUUUUAACCUUCAUUGACAGAUAGAGGACUGUGGAUAACCUCAGAUUAGAUACAACUAAUGUGAAGUCGGUUUCACAUGUGCACUCUUGCAUGCUGGCAGGCAGAAAAGUAUGACGCAACCUCAGGAAACUCACCAUUCUGUGUGAAUUAUCUCAACUCUUACCUGCUGCGUUCACACUCCUACUCCUCCUGAGUGUUCAUAGAAAAUGUAUAAAGAGGCUUGAAGGGAAAAGUCAACGUAAAGUCAGAUUAGUUGUUUAUAUUUACAGACAUUUCACCCUGAAAGUUCAAAGCAUGUCCGUACUCUCUUAUCUAAUGUGAAUUUUAACUUUUCAUGACAGUAUUAGCAGUUGAAUGAAACACCCAAACACUCACUCAUACACACACCACCAAAGUGUGUAUGAAUCUGUCCUGAUUUAACCCCUUAAAGGGAUAUUCCAACGUAAAAUUAAGUUGGGGUCAAACACACCGUAACAUAGAGUUAGACACACCGUCAAAAGAUGAAUGUUUCUGACUGCUUACUUAUCUACUUAUACCAACAGUAAUGAACGCAUGAUAGCAAUACAGAGAGUCACGCGCUCAACCAAAAUGCCACUCUAUAGCCACAAAUAAUGCUCAGAACAGCACCUAACUUCAUCAACAGUACAUAUAGGGUCCUAGCCAUAGUACUAGCCACCAAACAUCUUUUUAACUUUGCCUGAUUCUUUUAGCAAAGAGACUAAACACAACUCACCUACUCUCUUCCAGCAGCCGCUUGUUUGUAUGGAGACCUCCGGGCAAGUCCAUUACGGACUGCAGCGGGGUGACGCAGCUCAAGGAAGAACAUUUAUGAUCAUUAUUUUAUCAUUUCCCUGAAGUAAUAAUCACCAUAUUAGUCAUUUUGCACUGCAGACGCAGUAGUUCUUCUGCCUUAGCGUCUCGGUAUGAUCGCAUUUCCAUGAGGAAAUGAUCAGAAAUGUUCUUCCUUGAGCUGCGUCACCCUGCUGCAGUCAAUGCACUCGCCCGGAGGUCUUCCUACAAACAAGUGGCUGCUGGAAGAGAGGAGGUGAGUUGUGUUUAGUCUCUUUGCUAAAGGAAUCAGGCAAAGUUAAAAAGAUAUUUGGUGGCUAGUACUAUGGCUGGGACCCUAUAUGUACUGUUGAUGAAGUUAGGUGCUGUUCUGAGCAUUAUUUGUGGCUAUAGAGUGGCGUUUUGGUUUUUGGUUGAGCGCGUGGCUCUCUGUAUUGCUAUCUGCAGUUGUUACCAAAUUUGCUAUAACUAAAGAAGCAAGCGGUCAGCAACAUUCAUCUCUCGACAGGGUGUCUAACUCGGUGCUACAGUGUGUUUGACCCUAUCUUAAUUUUACGCCAGAAUAUCCCUUUAAAUUCUGCAGAUUUUACUAAUUCUUAUCAAGACAGGAAGUGAAAAAACUGACUGUAAUACUGUCAUCAAUAUGCAUCACUGUCUGCUUCUCCUCUGUCUCCUCAGGUCCAUGAGCGCAGUGUCCAGUCAGACUUCCUGUUAACCAUCCUUAAAGAUGUUGUCAUGAAGAGAUCAGACCUGCAGCUGAUCCUGAUGAGCGCCACUGUGGACUGUGACAAGUUCUCCAACUACUUCAACCGCUGCCCAGUGAUCUCCAUCCCUGGCAGGACUUUCCCUGUAGAGGUAAGCUGUCUGUUUGUCUUUAUAAUCAAGCUUUGUGGUGACCUGAUAGGAACAAAGCAGGAGAUCCAGCUUUUGCAUUUUUGCGUUCAGGUGUUUCAUUUGGAGGAUAUUGUGGAGGAGACGGGCUACGUCCUGGAAAAAGACUCAGAGUAUAGCCAGAAGAUUCUGGAGGAGGAGGAGGAAGUUAGCGUCGCUGUCACGCAAAAAGGGGGCAAGACUUUACAGCACCAGGUGAGCUUGUCCCUCUGCAGCAGCACCAAAGAAUAAAUGGGUUAUGUGAUAGUGGCGUUUGACUCCGGGAUCUAACUCGCUUCUGUCUGAUCCAGGAGGUAAUUGUGAGGGACUCCUCCUCCGGGUGGGACCUGGGACCAGAUCUGGACCACUUCAGCGGCAGGACUCGGCACGUGCUGCAGUAUAUGAACCCCAAUAAGAUCAACAUGGACUUACUGGUCGACCUCAUUCACUAUUUAGGUACCAAAACACACACAAGUCUUUGUCUGUGUGUCGAUCUUAUUACAUGUGUGUGAUAGAUUUUUGUACUUUUGCCUUUUUGCAGAAAAAUCCCCUCAGUUUGCAGAGGUGGAUGGAGCAGUUUUGGUGUUUCUGCCGGGCUUGGCUCACAUCCAGCAGCUUUAUGACCUGCUCACUUCAGACAAAAGAUUCAAAGAUAAAAACAGGUGACUUACUCAAAUGAAUAAAUGUGUAUCCGUUUAAAAAAAGAACAAUUAAAGAGAGAGCGGAAAAUAAAUCUAUGUUGUUCAUCUUCUUCUUUAAGGUACAGGAUUGUUCCUCUGCACUCGACUCUCUCAUCUAAGGACCAAGCUGCUGCCUUUACAGUGCCGCCUGCUGGUGUCAGAAAGGUACUGCAAAAAAGUGCUAAAAUAAAGCAUGGAGAAAUGUGAAAAUAACAUCCAAAUGUGCCCGAGGAUGAUUCGAGAAAUUAAAUUUAUAACAGUUUAUUUCCUUUAGAUUUCAUAUUAUCAGAUAUAACUAUCAUAAAUGUAUAAACCGUUCAUUUACUGUUUAUUUGCUGUCUUUGUGGUGUUUACAGAUUAUGUUGAUUAUUAAGUGUUACAUUAAUUAAUCUGUUUGACUUCAAUGAUGAAUAAAUACAUAAUAUUAAUGAGUCCUGACCUCUUUGUUGUUACAGAUCGUCUUGUCGACCAACAUCGCUGAAACAGGGGUGACGAUCCCUGAUGUCGUGUUUGUCAUCGACACCGGGAAGACGAAAGAAAACAAGUAAGAGCUCUUCAACCACGUCAGAAAAUUUCUGCACAUUUGAUGUCAUUGUGUGUCAUUUUAAAGUUCUUGUGUGAUAUUAAAACUUUGUCACUCAGGUACCACGAGAGCAGCCAGAUGAGUUCCCUCGUGGAGACUUUUGUUUCCAAAGCCAGCGCCCUCCAGCGGCAGGGCAGAGCUGGGCGAGUCCGCAACGGCUUUUGUUUUAGACUCUACCCAAAGUUCAGGUACAGACAGCAUCAACACUUCUGAUGUAAAUGGUCAAAUUACCAUGAUAUGUUGAUGGUGUGGUUUAAAUACUGAUUUGUACGACUUUUCACCCUGCACGCCCACAGGUUUGAUGCCUUCAUGGAUUACUCCAUUCCUGAGAUACUCAGGGUUCCACUGGAGGAGCUCUGCCUUCAUAUUAUGGUACACAAACCACCAGACUCACACACACAGAAAAAAAACAAAGAGCCACUCAACAGCCCGUGUUUAAGGUCCUCUUCAUCUUCUCCCAUGUAGAAAUGUCAAUACGGCUCCCCAGAGGAUUUCCUGAGCAGGGCGCUGGAUCCUCCUCUGUCUCAGUCAGUCAGUAACGCGGUCAACCUGCUGAGGAAGAUCGGUGCGUGUCAACUUAACGAUCACGUCCUGACCCCACUGGGACUCCACCUGGCCAGUCUGCCUGUUAACGUGAAGAUCGGGAAGAUGCUCAUUUAUGGAGCCAUACUCGGCUGCUUGGAGCCCAUAGUAAGUCUUACGGCUGUGUAACUUUGAGCCACAUUAGCAGAAUAUAUCUGGAUAAAUAUUUUUACUACUACUGCUGUUUCUGCAAAAACAAAAAGUUCUAUAUAAUCCUUACAGUAUAGUGAAAAAGUGUUGUUGUGCACCCAGCUAAUAUAUCAUUUAUUGGGCUUUCACAGCUUUUCUUGUAUGUUCAUAUGAUUUUUGUUUUAGGCGAUGAUCGCAGCAGCCAUUACAGAAAAGUCUCCUUUCUCCACACCAAUGAACAGAAAAGAGGAAGCCAACCUGGCCAAAGCAGCACUGGCAGUAGCUAACUCAGAUCACCUGACGAUAUACAACGCCUAUCUGGGGUAUGGGCUUCAAUAAGGACGUGCAGUUUGGGACUUUUAGAGGCCAAAUUCUUUAUCACAUCACUGAGAUGUUUAAUAAGAAUACCCGAGAAAUCAAGUCUAAAGUAAAUGUUGCAGAAAAUAUUGAAGUAAGCAAGCCUGUCUUAUUUCUCGUCCUCUCAGGUGGAAGAACUCCCAGACCGAGAGAACAGAAAUGUCCUACUGCAGGAAACACUUCCUCAACCGCACAGCUCUCAUGACCAUAGAGGUAACGCCUGGUUCUCUGUUUCAUCCUAAAAACUCUCUUCAGACCCGUCUGUACAUGUCAAACUCCCAUCAUCUCUCCAGGACGUGAAGCAGGAGCUGAUGAAGAUGAUGGAGCAGGCAGGUUUCUGGUCUCGCUCCUCCCAUCACUCCAAGCCACAGGCUGCUCCGCUCUCCAGGCAGCAGAUCUCGGUCCUGAACGCGGUGCUGACUGCAGGACUCUAUGACAGCGUGGCUCGGGUCUUGUGUACACCUUCUGUGGAUGUUCUGGAGCGGGUGGCGUGCACUGUAGAGACUCCUCAGGGGAAAGCUCAGGUCCACCCCUCAUCUGUGAACCGCAACCUGCAGAUCCACGGCUGGCUGCUGUACCAGGAGAAGGUUUGGAUGACGACUCUGAGUGUAUAUAUCUGCCUGUCUGUAGAAACAUCUACACUAAUGUGUGUUUUUACUCCGCAGGUAAAAUAUACUAAGAUCUACCUGAGAGACACCUCUCUGAUUUCUCCUUUCCCCAUGAUGCUGUUUGGAGGUGACAUCGAUAUUCAGCACAGAGAGAGGCUCAUCACAUUAGACGGAUGGAUUCACUUCCAGGUCAGAGAUCAUAAAGGGGGUUUGUUCUUUAUGGUGCUCACAGACCUCGACGGGGUGCUGCUGUCUUACUACUUUCAUUCUUUUACAACACAAACAAAAAGGGAAGUGCCCAUAUUAAAGCACUGAUCUCUAUAGCAAAAAUCAGGACAUUUACAGCCUGUUUUAUAAGCAGUUUUGGUUCAUUUACCUCAUUUUUUUAUUUAUAAGAACUGCACAGGGGUGACAUUUUUCACUAUUUAUCUGUUUUGACUAUAUUCAGACUUCAGGGCCAUGCAAAAUCUGGGUUUUUCCAGAUGUGCUUUGCGGGUCCUUAAGUGGAUGGUGACUUCACACACAGGAACCUUGCACUCUUGGUCCUCUGUGUGUAUUUUGUGAGGGACCAAAAAAAUAAAAUAUUUUGCAUGGUUAAGGGUGUGGCAUAUUUGACGUGUUCAAACUGUUGACAUGUCGGCACAAUGAGGGCCUUAAACUCCACCUUUUAAAGUAGCUGAAAGUUCCAGUUGGGAUUUCCAGUGAGGUAGAACCUCGUUGUGUUUGGCUUCACAACAAUCUCUGAGUGAAACAAAGUUAAUGUUUCAUACGGAAAAUUAGUUUUAUGUCACUGCAGAGGCAAAAGUAGCAUUGAUGUUGUUUUUCACCCCUGCUACCGCUUAUAACAGAGGCUCAGAAAUGGAACGACCUUCCCCCUCCAUCAAGAUGAAGCUGUCUUUGAGUGUGUGUGAAACAGACUUGUGACUUUCAGUGCACUUUAAUCCAUUACCUUCUCCAGUACAAGCAGCAAUAGUUUCACUAACUUGACUCUGCUUUAUUAAAAUGCAAUCUAUGUUUCUGACCCUGAAAGGCUCCUGUACGGAUCGGUGUCAUCUUUAAACACCUGAGGAAGCUAAUGGACUCACUGCUUGAGAAGAAGUUGGAGAAUCCGAGGAUGAAUCUGGAAGGUAAAGUCGUGUGAUUAAUGAGUUCCCGCCUCCUCAGCUUAUCAAUAAAUGAUUAACCUGCUAAUAAGAUAAAAGGAGAAACCUCUUUAACUAAUCUGUCUCUGUUGUAGGUGAAAGGACCAUCCAGCUGAUCCUGGAUCUGAUCAAAUCAGAACACACUAUGUGAUAUUGGACCACCAAAGGGUCUAAAUGCCUCUGAAGAACCUGUUCUCAGAACUUUUUCUCCCGCAGUCCUCAGAGCCGUGCGUCCAGGUGUCUUGGGGACAAAGUGCUUCCUGUUUCUUGCUCUGAAAUGCAAGACCGACAAAUCUGGCAGACUAAGACGAACUGAUGGCUGUAACGAUUUCUCACUCACAUUGAGGAAGGCUGUAUCAUAUGAAAUACAUAGAAACUACAUGCUGAAUCAUGAGCGGAAAGAAAACAUCAUGAGGAAAAGUUAUGUUGGAAAAAAAUGGUUAAAAUAAAGCUGUAUACAUUUUUAUUUCAA